AUGACGUUCAAAAACAAAGAGAGAAUAGAAAAAGAUAAUUCAGUGACAAAGAAUAAGCCAUCAACGGAAUUCUCAAGCCAUCAACGAUUAUCCAUUGCCGACCACGAAUAUGCACAGCCAUUGACGAGUUUCCCCAACCAAGGACAGUAUGGUUUGCCAACGAAGAAGUCUGGGUUCCGAUUUGCCAAAUUACGGGAAAUAGAAGUUUGGAUAGAUAAUGGUGAAAAUGGGAGGGAAGUUAGUGGUGGGGAAGUUAGUGAGAGGGAAUUUAGUGGUGAAGAAACUGAUGGAGAAUUUGAUUGUGAUGAUAAGUUAGAAGAAGAGGCAAGGAUUGAUGAUAUUGCAUUUGAUAAGGCAGUAGAUCCUACUGUAGAGUUUCAGGGGGUUGGAUCAAGUGCUAAUGUGCAAGAUAAGGAAAAUCAGUGUGUAGUAAAUGAGGAAGUGAACUUUUCUGAUGAAGGGACUCCUCAUGGCAGUGAUGAGGAAGUUGAAGAUGACAUUUGGCCACAGUUUAGGGCUUGUGAUAUGCAAUGUCCUCAAUUUACUGUGGGUAUGACAUUUGGAACUAAAGCUGAGUUUAAAGAAGCCAUUGUAAAUUAUGCAUUCAAAGAUUGUAAGGAUUUAAAGUUUGUAAGGAAUGAUAAAAUCAGAUUUGUAGCCAAGUGCAAACAAAGUGACUGCCCAUGGUACAUCACCCUUAGGAAGAAUGAGAAUGAUAACUGUUGGAGAAUUUCUGUUUUUAAUGAUAAGCAUGAGUGUUCUUGGGGUGUAUGAGAACACAAUGGUUAGCUCAAGAAGACUUGCAAAGAAGUGGAAGAAAGAAAUUGGUAGCAAUUCUGAAUGGAAAGUAAGUGAGUUUAGAAACAGAGUGGCAAUAGA